AUGUGCUUCCCAAAGGCAGACCGUCAUGUCGGUUUUCAACUUCUCCAUAUCGUCAAAGCUCUAGUUGAAAAAGAUGAACGUGAUGAAGCCAUGCCAUAUGCAUUCGAUGCAAUGAAUAUUUUUGAAGUCUGCUUUGGAUUGGAUCAUCCUUACUAUCUUCAGACUUUGGCAUUGUGGACAUAUUUAGAGAAAAAGCUUCCGAAAACCAAAGAAGAACUCGUGCAGCUGACCAACUUCUCAGACAAUCGUCCAAUUGACAUCGUGACUCUUCUGAAAAGAGCCAACAUGCUUCCAUCAUCUCCGUAUGCAGCAUCGACAGCUCAACCUGUUUCAACCGCCUAA